AUGGCCGUGGAUUCUGAAUCUUUCCUUCACCUGGCGCGGCCCCUUGCGCCGACGGCCAUCAACCUGUCUAGCAGCAUUGCCCCGCUCUCCGUCAACAUUCAACCCCAAGCAAUACUCUCCAUCCUCGACCACGCCGUCCGCCGCGACAACCCCGCCACACCCACAACCUCCUCCCGCGUCAUCGGCGCCCUGAUCGGAACACGCACCGAAGAUGGCGCCGAAGCCAACGUUAGCUCCGCCUUUGCGAUCCCCCACACCGAGACCGAGGACCAAGUCGAGGUGGACGUCGAAUACCAGAAGACUAUGCUGUCCCUGCACCUGAAGGCCUCGCCGCGCGAGACGCUGCUGGGCUGGUACACGACGAGCCAUGAGCUGAACAGCUUUAGCGCCCUGAUCCAGAACUUCUUCGCCAGCCCCGAGACCGGUACUUUCCCACAUCCGGCUGUCCAUCUGACCGUCAGCACGGACCCCGGUGCCGAUGUCCAGUUGAAGGCUUACAUCAGUGCUCCUGUCGCGGUCAACGCCGAGCGCGCAGCUGAGAGCUGUCUCUUCAUCCAGGUCCCGCACCGCGUAUCAUACAGCGACGCCGAGCGCAGCGCCCUCGAGCUGAUCUCGUCUGCGAAAGACACCGAGUCUAGAAGCACUGGUGUGACGUCUGACGUGGAAGGCCUUGCCCGUUCUCUAGAACAGACCAUCGACCUGCUGGAUCGUGUAUCAGGCUACGUGGGCGAGAUUCUGGACGAGGAGCGUGAGCCCAACAAUGCUCUAGGUCAGUACUUGAUGUCGGCACUGUCGUUGACACCCAAGGUGGACGCGGAAUCAAUCGAGCACGACUUCAACAACCAUAUCCAAGACGUGCUGAUGGUCAGUUACUUGGCCAACAGCAUCCGCACACAAAUCGACCUGAGCCAGCGAUUAGCUCUGGCAGCGCUGAGUGACGAGAAGGCUGAUAAGGAUGGUGAUGCUAAGGGUGAGAGGGGCGAUCGCGGAGAACGUGGAGGACGCGGUGGCGGCCGAGGAGGUCGUGGAGGUCGUGGUGGCAAUAGAGGAGGCCGGGAGAAUAGGGAACCCCGGGAACCGAGAGAGCCCCGCGAGCCCAAGGACGAAUAA